AUGUCAGUGGCAUCUCCUACUCUGUCACCUAUAAGAGGAAAUCAUAAGAGUGUGGCUGUUCUCAGCGAUCUUCAAGAUAAAAACUAUAUCAAAAGAGAAGCACAUUUGACGGGAUUGCUGGGGAAGUCUAAACCUGUCACAGUCGUUAGAGGUACUAAAGAGUUUAUUAGUACUGAAAUUUACGACGGAGAAGGAACCAUUUUAAACGAGGAGGUAUCGUUUGAUGAUGCAAGUAAUGAUGAAGAUAUGAAUUCACCCGGGGGGAGUCACGUAGAAAAUGAAAAGGCUGCACUGCAGCAAGCGGAUGCAGUAGAAGCUACUACUACUACUACUACUACUGAUAUGAUGUCACUGGAUGAGGACGUUGGUGAGGCAGAAGAUGCCAUUUCAGUAAAUGAGGAUGCUCCACAAGAGCUGGAAGAUGAGUUAGAAUGUGACGAUUCGCCAAAAGAAGCAUCUAACGAGACUAAGAUAUUGACAGAGGAGCAGUUUGUUGACUCUGAAGGUGCUGCCAUAGAAGUAUCGGCCAGUCGAACAUCGACCAUUUCUCUCAGAAUCCCGAAUCCGCCGGCAGAUCUGAAACCACAGUCAAGCUUUGACUUUCAGAAAUUCCUCAGCGAGUUUAAGGCAAAGGAAUGUCAACCAAUUCAUCGAUAUUUGAAAUCGUUCCUGGUUCAGUUCGGUCAACGUAAUUGGAAUAUUGAUGAGCAGGUCAAGUUGGUUAAGGACUUUGAAGAUUUCCUUCUCAAGAAGAUGCUUGAAUAUUUCCCCUUCAACACCAUGCAGACAGAAGACGAGAUUAGGAAUUGUAAGGAGGGUCUUGAAAAGUUGAUUAUGACAAGGCUCUAUUCGCAGGUAUUUUCACCAGCGGUGCCGCCUAAUAAACUAAGUGAGCAGCAUCAGAAUGACAGAAUAUCUGAUAGAUCUUAUGCACGGAACGUAAGACUUUAUGACUGGAUAGAGCUGCGCCAUUUAGAUGUUCCUAUGGAAUUAAACCUUCAUUCCAGUUUUAUACAGUUGGCUGCCAAAGAGUUGAAUAAGAUCAACAAUUACAAGUCCCCUAGAGAUAAAGUGAUCUGUAUUCUUAACUGUUGCAAGAUUAUAUUUGGCUUGAUUCGUCAGCAGCAGAAACUGCACAACAUUGAGGAGAAUGCCGACUCCUUUGUCCCUCUUUUGAUCUAUGUUAUCUUUUUAGCGAAGACAACCUUCCUAUACUCGAACUUGGCUUACAUUGAACGAUAUAGGAAUCCCGAUUUCUUGAUCGGUGAAAGUUCGUAUUAUGUCAGUACAUUACAGAUUGCUUGCAACUUUAUCGUUGACAUAAGCAAGGAUCAACUUACAAUUGAUGAUGACGAGUAUCAAAAGAAUAUGGCUUCCUCCAAAGGAAGGUUAGAGAAGGAAAAAGAGAAGAGGAAACAGCAGCACACUGGAACUGGAACUUCAUCUCCAUUACCGAGAAGACUUACCGAUUUCAUAAGUCAGACCUCAGUUGAGUCUCCUUCAGAGGUACUAACGAAGUCUGCAGAGUUGAUGAAACAACGGCUUUCAAGUUCUCUUAACAGCUUCUUCCAGUCAGAUACUACUAUAGAAUCGGAUUCGCUUACUGAUGAGCAUUCUAGUCGACAAUCUCAUCGAGGCGAGUUCGGUUCUUUGGCAGCUACAGAAAAACAGCUUGAACAAAUUAAGCAACUGUCUAUUAAAGAACACAAGCUUGAGGUGGAAAACAGGAAAAAGCACCAAGAAACCUUUGAUAGCUUACAGAAUAUGUUCCCUGAUAUGGAUAAAGGAAUCAUCCAAGACGUGUUGGCCGAUACCCUGAAUUCGGAUGGCAGUAAUAUAGGAGAAUGUGUAGAUGCAUUGUUGGCCUUAAAUAAUGAGUGA